GGUCGUUUGGUUUGAGGUUAAAAUAGUCCCGGGAUUACAAUCCCGGGACUAAUUUAUACCAUCUGUUGGUAUUAUUUUAUACCAUCUGAAAGAUGGUAUAAAAUAAUACCAGUAUAAGUGGGUUAAGAAGGUAUAAGUUGAGUUAUUCCAGCACUAAUUUUUAUACCACGUUUGGUACAAGGUAUAAAAUAAUCCCGGGAUAAAUCUAUACCUUAUACCAAACGUGGUAUAAAAAUUAAUACCGGCAUAACCCAUGUUAUACCUUAAACCAAACGACCACUUAGUGGAUAUUGAGUUCUUGGAGUAAGUCGUCAAGGGUAAUAAAAAUGGGGAGAAAGUGUUCGCAUUGUGGGAACAUAGGUCACAAUGCAAGAACUUGCAACACUUUCAAGUUAGGUUCUAGUGCUAGUUUUGUUGGUGGAUUAAGGCUCUUUGGAGUGCAAUUUGACAUCUCUUCUUCAUCUUCAACAACCUCAUCAUCAACAUAUUCUUCUUCUUCUUCUUCUUCUUCUUCUUCUUCUUCUUCUUCUUCUUCUUCUUCUUAUUAUUAUGAUAUUUACUUAAAAAAAAGUUUAAGCUUAGAUUGCUUAUCUUCAUCUCCAGCUUCUGUUUCUCCUGCCUCAUCACUUGUUACUGUUAAUGAAAAGAGUACUACUUGCACAAAUAGCUAUCUCUCUGGUUGUCUCUUAGGCCAACCUCAAGAUAGAAGAAAAGGAGUACCAUGGACAGAGGAGGAACACAGGACAUUCUUAGUGGGACUAGAAAAAUUAGGGAAAGGAGAUUGGAGAGGAAUUUCAAGAAACUUUGUAACAACAAGGACUCCAACUCAAGUUGCUAGUCAUGCUCAAAAAUAUUUCCUAAGACAGUCAAGUGAUCUCAACAAAAAGAAGCGUCGUUCCAGCCUCUUUGACAUGGAAAAGAGCAACAACAAAAUCCAACAUGAUGCCAAAACCGAAGAAAGCAUUUAUAGUAAGGCAGAGUAUGGAAAUUCAAGUAGUCCAUGUAUGAUGGAUCUCAAUGCAUUUGGAGAAGAGAUACCGUUAUCAACCAAAGAUCAUAAACAACCUCAAAUUUGGUCUUGUUAUGAGUCAUCCCUUUCUCCAGUUGAUUUGGAGCUAAGCCUAGCAGCUCCAACAAAUGUGGAUAAAAACAAGCCCUCAAAUACCUUUCUAGUUGGACCAAUUCCUGUUACUUAAAUCUGAUCCGGAAUUGCCUGUUAAUAUAUAGUAUAUGCUAAUUAAUGAAUGUAGUUCCUCUUAAUUGUCUCAUGUAGUUGCUUGCUAGUAUUAUGGACUAGUAUAUAACUGUAUUCUCCAUCUCUAAAUUUUCAAGAUGAGAGCAUAACUAGUUUGUUGA